AUGGCUACAGAGGAUCGGGGGCCAGAACUAUUGGCUAUCAUCUGGGUUUUCACAGCUCUUGCUAUCAUCACCGUCACCUUGAAGGUCAUUACACGUGCGCACAUCCUGCGCGGCCUGACUUGGGAUGACUUCUUCAUUCUGAUAUCACUUGUUCUUAUUGUUAUUUGCACCUCGAUCUUCACUUAUGAUGUCGCUAUUGGCAUGGGGAAACAUGCCAUCGAUAUUCCUACGGAGCGACUAAGCCUCGUCAUGAAGGUCAACUUUAUAGGAAACCCUUUCGGCAUCAUGGCAUAUAGCUUUCCAAACAUUUCAGUGGCUAUACUGGUGAACCAUGUGCUCCCGCCCAACAGGCUGCGUGCCGGUGCACUGUACCUGCUCGCGAUAUCCCAGUGCGUCAUUGCUGGAAUAUCAUGUGUGCUUCUCUUCACGCAAUGCACUCCCACGGAAUCCCUCUGGAACCCAACAGUCCCGCACACUUGUCUUGCCGCAGGAACUGUGUCGCGCUACUCGUAUUUCGUUGGCGCAUACACGGCACUCACCGACAUAAUCCUCGGUGUUGUACCUUCUCUAGCUUUCUGGGGCUUGAAACUCCCAACCAAGACCAAGGUCGGACUUUGCUUCCUGAUGCUGUGCACGCUGUUUGCCGCCAUCUGCGCGAUUGUGAAGACGACAAAGCUCAAUGAGCUGGACGACCUCACUGACUUUACCUAUGGGUCGGUCGAUUUGAUCAUCUGGGCCAUUGUCGAAGCAAAUGUCAUCAUCAUUGCUGCAUGCAUGCCGACGCUGCGACCAUUCUUCCACCACGCAUUCAAGAGGGAGCCAGCUUCAGAGGGACGUGGGCUCUUCCGCUCUCUCUUCAGCGGCAGGCUCAGCUCCAAGAAAUCGCUGAUCCGAAGCAGCAAUAAUGACCAGAACUCUUACUAUGGGCAACACGAGAUGUCGGGAAACCAAAAUUCAAUCCAUGUCACCAAGAACAGUGACGCGGCGCCUCGCAGGUCAAACGAUUCGGAGACUGCCAUUUGGCGCACCACAGACAUUACACAUUCCGUGACCCAUAUCGAUGAUGGGCCCCGAAAAGGAACCACAUCCACGAUGGUAUAG